AUGGCGGCCCCGGCCCGCCGGCCCCGGGCCCUGCUCGCCCUCGGCCUGGCCCUGCUCGCCGCCGCCGCCGCCGCCGACCCCUUCUCGCCGCAGCUGGGAGACACCGGCGGGUGCCGCGGGCAGUGCGGCCGCAGCCUGCAGCGCCGGGCCGCCGCCGAUGCUGUUCUCAACGCCUGUUACCGGGGCUGCCGGCUGUUCUCCAUCUGUCACUUCGUGGAUGCGAGCGCCGAGCUCAACACGACCAGAGCCGAGUGCGAAGCAGCCUGUGCCGAGGCCUACGGCAACGCAGAGGAGCAGUUUGGGUGCGUGACCGGGUGCCGCAAGCAGCUGCCCGAGGUGGAGGAGAGCAGGAAGGAGAAGAGCCUGGAGCUGGAAGCGCCGUCGUUUUCCGUGUUGGAUUUGGUCUCCACCUUCUGCAACGACAUCGUCAGCUCUGCCCAGAGCUUCAUCUCCUCCACCUGGACCUUCUACCUGCAGGCGGACGAUGGCAAAGUCGUGGUGUUUCAGUCCCAGCCUGAGAUGGAGUAUCCGGCACCCGAGGCCCUGGAGAUCCAGCCAGCACAGCCGGGAUCGGGAUUGGGAUCGGGAUCCAGCCCUGGCGUCCCCCAGCCCCACACAGGCCCCCGGGCAAAGGGGGACAAGCCCCCCGCCAAGGAGGCGCGGGGCAAAGCCAAGGCGCAGCCCGGGGAACCCCCGCAGCAGGAGCACGACUUCCUCGGCUGCAUGUCCAAGCGGGGGGUGGUGGGGUGCUACAGGCGCUCGGGCCUUCCUCGCUGGAUCCUGGCCGCCUGCCUCUUCCUCUCCGUCAUGGUGAUGCUGUGGCUCAGCUGUGCCAGCCUGGUGACCGCCCCCGAGCAGCACGUCAGGACCCAGCCUCUGAGCAUCAACGGGGACAAGGAAUACCUGGAGGACCUGGAUGGCCCCGGCACCUUCCCGCUGCCGCCCGUCAUCGCCGUCACCCUGUGCCCCGCGCACGGCGGCGAGGACGCGGGGCCGCUGCCCCUCAAAGUCGACCUGGACAAGACCAUCCUGUAGCGCUCCCGCCCCUUCCCACCUCCCUGUCACCUUCCCCACGCCAUCGCCCCCGGUCUCGCCCCGCUGCCCCACGUCCCCGGCUCCCGGAGGCGCAUCUCCGGCUCCUCUCCGGGCGCUGCCGCUCUGGAGGCGGCUCCAGGAGCCGGGCAGCGCCUCUGCCUCCUCCAGGGAUGCGCCGUGAGCCGGGAUCCUGGCUUGCAGAGCCAAGAGGGGCGCUGCCAGGGCGGGGAGGCCGGAGGGAGCCCGUCCCCGGAGCGGGACUCUCUGUCUCCUCCCGCCCGGAGCCGCCGGGGCCCCGCAGCCCUCCGGGCACGGCUCCAGCCCUGGGCAGGAGGGAGCCGGCUGCGGUGGGGGAUGGAGAGUGUCUGCAGCCUUCUGAGCUUUGGCUCGGCACAUCCCCGGCCUCCCACCUUGGGCUGAGCCUCCGAGGCGCCGGCCCCGGCCCUGGGAACUCCCUUCCGCCGGCCGGAGCCGAUUGCCUCGGGGAGCCGAAACGUGGCGAAUGGAUUUGGCCUCGGCAGCCGGGGACGGCAGCGGACCCCGCCGCCUCCGUGCCCACGCGAGCACCCGGCCAGCCCCUGCCCGGAGCUGCCGAGGGGCCCUGCCGUGGCUCCUUCCCCUCCCUGCUCCGUGAUGCCCUCGGCGAGCUGGCCCCGCGGCCAACAAAUCGCUGGUGGCACCAAGCAGGGGAUGAGGCGGCGUUUCCCUGACUUCAGGCUCGGACAGGAGGCGGGAGCUGCUGGGACGGCUCCAUCCUGGGCUCGGGAUCCUUUAGGGAUGGCUCCAUCCUGGGCUCGGGAUCCUUUAGGGACGGCUCCGUCCUGGGCUCGGGAUCCUUUAGGGUCAGCCCCAUCCUGGGCUCGGGAUCCUUUAGGGACGGCUCCGUCCUGGGCUCGGGAUCCUUUAGGGACGGCUCCGUCCUGGGCUCGGGAUCCUUUAGGGACGGCUCCAUCCUGGGCUCAGGAUCCUUUAGGGACGGCUCCAUCCUGGGCUCGGGAUCCUUUAGGGUCAGCCCCAUCCUGGGCUCAGGAUCCUUUAGGGUCAGCUCCAUCCUGGGCUCGGGAUCCUUUAGGGACGGCUCCCUCCUGGGCUCAGGAUCCCUUAGGGACGGCUCCAUCCUGGGCUCAGGAUCCUUUAGGGUCAGCCCCAUCCUGGGUUCAGGAUCCCUGCCCGACGCUGGGAGCAGCCUGCGGGUCUGUAGCUGACGGCAGGACCCGUUCGUUCUCUGUGUCCCCGAGGGACCAAGCACGGCUCCCCUGGGCCCACCCUGGCCAUGGCGGCGUCUCGCCCCUCCCCAUCUCUCCCCCGUUCUCCACCGCCGGAUCUCACGCAUCGUUUCGUGGUUUGACCGGCACCGGCCCCGCGGGGACACCCCAGUGCCGGGAGGGUGUCGGUGCCGCCACCCCCGCGUCACCUAACACGUCUGUACAGAUUAACUUAUUACCCCGACCCUCUCCCCUGGGAUUUUGGGCUCUCUCCGUGUGCCGGCGGCUCGGCCGUGGCGUGGUGGGACGGACGAGGAGCUCUCAUCCCCGUCCCCACCGGUUUUGUGCUGCUCCGUAUCACUUCCACCCAUCCAACAUAUCUGGGUUUGGGGAACCGGGUUGGGGGGAGGCGUGGGGAGGGGGUCUGCUGUCCGUUUUCGGGGUCCACUCUUCGUUGUUGCUUUUCGGCCGCGUGUGAAGCUCGGUGGGGUGUGCGAUGUUGCGGCUCCCCCGAUCCCCGGCCCUGGAGCCCUCCCGGCCUCGCCUCCGCAGGGCAAAGCCAGCCCCGAGCUGGGAGGGGGAAUAGAAUAAAAGGUUUGUACCAGA